AUGCCCAUCGUAGAAAGAGAUCUGCACGGCUGGUCGCUGGCGGGCUCUGCGAAACCUGGCGAAUCACUCACAUCUUUCUCCCUCAAAUCCUCUUCUUCAGCCACAUUCCAAGGCUUCACGUUCACCCUCUCGUUUCCUUUGGCCAAUGCGUAUAGAGUCUUUGUCACUGGUCCAGAUAGACCUGCACCACCCCAUGACAAUGUCAUAUACAAGGGCGAACAAGAUGCUGGGUGUCCGUUCACCAUCCGAUCCAUUGACGAGCAGAAAUGUCAGGCCGUCCUUGCCUUCCCCAAUCAAUCCCCUACGCACCUGGAUGGCGCAGGUCGUGAGCGCGAACUCCAUCUCGAAUGGUCCGAGUCACUCCUCUUGAAUGUAUGGGAGACAAACCGAAAUGGCAAGGUCAGAUUGAUCGGUGAUCUCCCGGGACGUUCUUACGCCAUGACGGAACACGGUAUGAUCCGACAUUGGUGGAUCGAACGAAAUAACCUCCAUGUGGGCCUGGGAGAACGAGCGGCUCCUCUGGACCUCACCUCGAGAUCUUUCACUAUGACUGGAACGGAUGGUGCAUGUUACGAUGCAUACGAAGGAGAUCCAUUGUACAAGCAUACUCCAUUCUUGAUUUCGACGCCCAGGCCUGAACCUGGAGACGGACCAGAGUCCCUGCCGUCCACUUAUGCCAUUUAUCAUCCGACAAAUUCAGUUGCUACGUGGGAUAUUGGACGAUGGCAUGAUGAUCCUUGGGGAUACCACAAGACGUUCGUUCAGGACUGGGGUGGUCUUGAAGAGUGGGUUUUGGUAGGCAAGGGAGUCAAAGAGGUUGUGAGAACAUUCGGGGAGCUCGUCGGCAUGCCCAAGCUUGUACCGAGAGACUGGCUUGGUUACCUUGCAUCUGGGAUGGGUUUAGGAGAAUCCGACAAGCCAAUUGCGCAAGAGUUGCUUUCCACCUGGCCAGAUCUCUGCAAGAAGCAUGAUAUCCCUUGUUCCGCUAUGCACCUUUCUUCCGGUUACACUGUUGGCGAAGACGGUAACAGAUACACCUUCCACAUGAACACCAGGCGAUACCCGGACUUCAAAGGCAUGAUAAAGCUCUUUCACAAAGCUGGAAUCAAGAUCGUGCCCAAUAUAAAGCCUUAUAUGUUGGACUCUCAUGAAGCAUACGACAAGCUGCAUGCCGCCAAUGCCUUGUUCCACGAUCCUUGGACAAAGAACCCAGUCAAGACUCGUAUCUGGUCCUCUGCCGUCGGUGUCACCGGUAAAGGAGGCUGGGUUGACAUGACUUCUCCUGAGGGUCGGCAGUGGUGGGCCGAUGGAGUUCAGAGCUUGAUUGAUUUGGGCUGUGAUGGCAUGUGGAACGACAAUGACGAGUAUCAUCUCCACGACGACGCCUUCAUCUGCCGGAAUGACAUGCCUGUGAAUAUGCGAAACGCCGUGAAGGGAGAAACGAACAUUGGUCUGAUGGGCAGAAUGCUUAAUACCGAGAUGAUGGGCAAGAUUAGUCAUGAUACACUCAUUAAGAACAACCCAGAUCGUCGACCGUUUAUCGUCACCCGAUCAGGAAACGUGGGGACGUUCAAAUAUGUUGCUUCGACCUGGUCAGGAGAUAACGAGACGAGCUGGAAAAAUCUCCGAGGAUCCCAAGCGAUCCAAUUGAAUGCGGGACUCUCACUCAUGCAGUCUUAUGGCUCUGACAUCGGAGGCUUUGGUGGGCCGUUGCCCACGCCUGAAAUGUUUACUCGAUGGGUCCAAUUGGGAGUCACACAUUCUCGAUUUUGCAUCCACUCGUUCAAACCGAACAAGGUGGACCCUUCGGGAGCAGGCGCCACGAAUACACCCUGGAUGUACCCUGAAGUCCUGCCUAUCAUUCGAGAGGCGAUAAAAUGGCGAUACGAGUUCCUUCCAUACUUCAACUCCCUCAUGUGGUCCUCUCACUUGGAAGCUGAGCCCACGAACGCUCCACUCAUGUAUGGAGACUUUGCCUCGGAUGCGAACCUCUUCAGCGAGGAAAGCCUGAACGGCUUUGAUGCCUGGAUCGGAGCUGGACGCCUACUAUCCGCCCCUGCCUUGUUCGAGGGUUUGCUCAGCCGUGAAGUCUACUUCCCAAAAUCUUCUCCCAAGGACACGUCGCUCUACUUUGAUCUACACGCGCCUUAUGGAUCACACGCUGCUGGCUCUCGAGCAAUUGUAUCAACCCCACUGGAGCACAUGGGUCUGUUCGCGAGGGAAGGCAGUGUCAUCCCAAUUGGCAAAUCCGUCAACACUGUGACUCAAACUCAAGGUCCUGCCCGAACGACACACGAUGGAGUCGAUGUCGUGCUCGAAUCUGAAGGAGGUGUUGUAGCCCUAGACGACUGGAGAGGCGUUUUGAUCUUCCCUGGUGAAGCCGGUCAAUACUCUGGCGAAUGGAUCGAAGAUGAUGGAAUCUCCACUAAGCCUUCUGUAUCGACCAUUCAUGUCUCAUACAGUGCCACGAAAGACAAGGUCACCGUCAAGGCUCAAUGGAAGGAACAUGGUUUCAAACCGCUCUGGGGAGACAAGAUCCACAUCAUGUUGCCUUAUAGAGAUGAGAGAAAGGUCGAAGGCGCCGAGCAAGUCAUGCGAGGCGAGCGGAAGUUGUGGUUCGUCUCUGUGAGCUGA